GUGUAGGACCGUUUUGCUCAGACGGUAAUUCACUAAAAGGCACCGGCAGAAAUUACGCAAAGUACAAGUUUAGCCCAGGCGAGCUGGAGUGCGUAAAUUGCGUAAAUUGGUCGCGGUGGUUUCAUUGAUAACAUCGAGUGGAAAGCCAGGGCGGUAACGGCGUUGUUGUUUUUGUGUUAAAAACCGACAAAAACAAGCAACGUCAUUACGGCCUAUAUAUAUGGUUUCAACGAAAAAAGGCAAUCAUUUUUUAAAAGGACGUUAUCAAACUUCAUUACAUAGCGGGUAAUAACUAUUGAAAGGAAAAUGGCUCUUAGGAGAAUUACUCAAGAAACAUUUGAUGAUGCAGUGAGGGAAAACAUCGAUGAGUUUGACAUGGACCCUGAAGAGGCUUUAAGGGAGGCUGUGGAGCAGUUUCAGUCUCAAGGUGUGGACCUUAGUUGUAUUGUAAAAGCUGUACCUGCCGUGGCAUCUGACGACAAAAAGCAGGAGCAAACGCAUGCGAUCUUACAGGCCCUGGAGUCCCUCUGUAAUGCACAAGACUCUCCUGACUGUACAAAAGUUUCCGUUGAUAUAAAGUGUUUUUCUGAGCAAUGUUCACUUGGAUUCGCUCAAAGGUACCUGGCGGCCCAGAAAGGCGCAUAUCCCGUCAUCCUCUCCUAUUGCCAAAAGAGCUUGGGAGAGCAGGAGGCCUUGUUGGCCGCUCUGUCCGCUUUGGCCGCUCUGACUGAUGGACAGCCAGACUUGUUAGAUGCAGACGGCAAGCACUUUCUCUUGGAUGUUCUCAAAAAGUACCAGGCCGAGUCUUCCGUUACACGAGCUGCCAUCUCCGCUGUGCGUCACUGCUGUUUGAAACACGAACAGAACAGACAGGAUUUGGUUAAAGCGGGCGUCUUACCUUUCCUGAUUAACGCCAUCGAACAGCACGGUGGAUGUGCCGAGGUGGUCAAGGAAGCUUCUGGAGCUCUCAGGGUUAUGACUUUUGAUGACGAUGUCAGGGUCACGUUCGGGCAUGCUCAUGAGCACGCCAAGAUGAUUGUUCUUCAGCACAAUGGCCUCAAGGUCUUAAUUGAGUCGGCAAAAGCUCACACUGAUAAAACGUCCGUUUUGAGUGAUCUGUGUGCAACUUUGUCCCGUUUGGCUGUAAGAAACGAGUUCUGCCAAGACAUUUGUGACCUAGGUGGAUUGAAGCUAAUGAUGACACUGCUUGCAGACAGCUAUGAGUCAGCGGAGUUGGUGCGGCAGGUCCUAAGUGCAAUACGAGCCAUUGCUGGAAAUGAUGAUGUAAAAGAUGCUGUUGUUAAAGCGGGUGGAGUGCAGCUCAUUGUCAUCGCCCUGAACAGACACAUGACAAUAUCACCUGUGUGUGAGCAGGGCUGUGCAUGCCUUUCUGUUCUUGCUUUACGCAAGCCUAACAACUGCAAGGUCAUCAUGGAGGAAGGAGGGGCUUCAGCAUCUGUGCAGGCUAUGAAGGCUCAUCCAGGUGUUGUUAAUGUGCAGAAACAGGCAUGCAUGCUGCUAAGAAACCUGGUGUCACAUCAGCCCAAAUACAGCCAACCAAUUCUGGAGAUGGGCGUGGAGGCCCUCAUAUCGGAAGCGCUUCGGACCCAUCAAGACUGCGGCGACGCUGCCAAAGCUGCCCUCAGGGAUCUGGGCUGCCAGGUAGAACUCCGAGAGUUGUGGACCGGCAAACGUGGGGGCAUCACCAAUUGAAGCUGGAGGAGAGUGACAAUUUUUUUAUUUUUUAACUGCGAGUUAUCAUGGAAUGUUUUCAGUGAAACAAAACGCAAUCUGACUGAAUGAUGAGUAUGCUGAGUCAGCAAUGUGUUUUAGGGGGCGAAGAUUGUUGGGAAGCAUUCUAAGGAAUGUUCCUGUUCACUUUCCUCUGGGUUCAUGCAGUAUAUGAUCUCUGAGUUAGUAAUCAGGUGGCUUACUUUAGGUUCAAAGUUACAUAGCUUACCUAACUUUAUUAAGCCAAGGGACCUAUGUUACAGUACAAAAAUCUCACAGCACACCAAAUAAAAGUGGCACAAAAAGUACAUUUACUGAAAUCAGGAUAAUUUGGUAUCAAUGUACAGUACUCACAAGUAGUACAGUACUCUGUGAAUGGUAACAGAUGGAUACGUAGAUGAACGGUGCCCCCUCCCAUUUACUGGAAUCUAAUUACAUUUUUAUGCAUGUCGCAACGUCACUGGCAUAGAUAAAUGAACAAAGCUACAUUAAAUCUUGGAAAUAAAAAAAAAUUGGACCAUUGAAUCAGCACAGUGGUAGGGAACCAUACACUAGGCUUAUAAUAAGUGAUUUUAAUUAUUAGUUUUGACGCUUUAAUGGUUAGUUAAGUCUAUUGUCAAAAUCCAUUUAGAUGAGUGUUGCUGUUCUUUGCGUUUUAUUUGUGGUUGGAGUUUGCUUGAUGCAUUGGAAAUGUGACAUGUAAGAGAAACUGAAUAAAAUCAACCAAAUGUUCAAA